AUGCCACCACUGCUGGCGACGCCGCCGCCGCCUGAAAGUCCUCCAGUCUUUGGGCGUUUAACCAGCCCAGACCUUCACCCACAUACCGACACAGUUCUUAGUACACCCGUGUUACGUUCGGCAUCGCUCCCUAAGGGCAAUGUACCUCCUGCUGGGCGCUUGUUGCCAACUGUGGGUCUCCCGGAUGAGAGACCUUCGCGUUCCGAAGGUAAAGAGGAAAGAAAGAUGGCGACGAGUGUCUCGGGCCUUGCGGCAGAGAAUGGGCCACCAGCAGAAAGGCUAGAAGACUUAUCCUUGCGGUUGGCUGCCUCUAAGGCUGCGACGGAUAAUGGAGCGUCGCGCAGCCAAUCGCCAUCUUCGCCCCUGACUAGACGGUUCUUACAGGAUAGGUCACCUGUGACCGGAAGAUCUCAGGUCACGGAUGAGGGGGCAAAGCCAGCGUCAGUAGGCAUAACUUCACCACCCAGUGCCCAGAUGCUUGCAGUGCGCCAGGUUCCGAGUGUACAGGUUCAGCCAGGUAUUCCUUCCGCACCAGUAGAUGUACAUCCACGGUUCGACGCCCUUAUGGAGGCAGAUCCAUGCAAGGCGCCGGUUCUAAGUGUAAUCAAGCUGAGGAACUAUACAGCAUCGGUCGACGGACCACCGCGGCUCAACACCCAACUACAGGUAUCACAGUCUGAGGCGCCGCCGGUUUCUUAUGUACCAAUGCAGGCAGAUCAUCCGACAUCGUUCGGUCUACGUCCGGAGAUCAGCAUCCAACCACCACCAUUGCUGGUUCCACCUGUACGGAACCAGGUAAAUUAUUCACCAUCAGUCGAUACCCUUCCGUGGACGAAUACCCAGAUACCCAUUCCACUACUAUCCACGGCAUUCACAUUCAACAUGGGACCUAACCCAUUUACGCCGCACAGUUGGGCCUAUGGCGCAGUCCCCGCGCCCAGCCCUCCGCACACUGUGGGGAGGACGAACCACAAUUCGCGCGGGCCCUAUAGACCACUUGUUCUCUCCAGCAUUCUCCGUUCUCGACGCAGGCUACCAUUGUCCCUCCACAGCCACCGUCGCACUUCAGGUCCCACAGAGCAGAGUGCACCUGAAGCCAGGCGCCUCAUGGUGGUCACCCAACAUGUGCGACGGGAAGUACGUAGGGAGGCAGCACGCAGCAUACCACGAUAUAGCGAGCGCCGCAUCGAGCGCUUAAGUGCCGUCGUUUCAGAAGGAUGGUGGCGCAACGGCCGCGCGGUCGUGCUGCACGGGAUGCCCCUUGCUGUGCAGAGGGCUCUAGGAUGGACAGAGCUUGACCAUGGCGGAAGGCUGCCUAUGCGAGCGCGUAGGAUUUCGCAGGAUGUCGAAAUGUCUUCCGCUGAAGUCUCUCCCGCAAUGCCAGUUCGUGGGCUGAAUAACGCGGAUGAGGAUGUCAUUAUGGAUUCACGUGAGGCAGCGUCCAUCCCCUCAGCAGCUACUUUGCGACCUCCACUGAACAUUGUAGCUGCGAAGAAUACCCAAGACGCUGCUAAGAAUACCCAGGAUAUCGCUAGAAAUACCCAGGAUAAGUAUACCCAGAACAUUGCUAAGGAAACUCAGGACAUUACUAUGAAAGAGCAGGACACAGAGACUUUGGCGAUACCGCGAGCCUUGCGAGACAAAGUCACGGAUGCAGUCAAAGAUUUUCCCAAUGUAGUGAUGCAUUCAUCCAAAUCGCAGCAGGAUGUGAAGGCGACGGAGCCAGUAUCUACUACUGCACAACAAGGACAUCCAGUCAGCUCUGCCAGUCUUGGCAAUGCAAUUAGAAUCAUGGUGCAGGGCUCUGGCCAAUUCCACGGGGCCGAAGUUUGCUAUUAUGAUACCUACAUCAUGGAUUAUGCUGACCAGGACGGCGCAUUCUGGAGGGCUCAUUUCCAGGAAGACGAAGAUCAGGCACUAUACGUUGAGAAGAUAGAGGCCAUUGAGUGGAGCCAGGUGGGAAACCCACCCGACGAAGAGACUGUUGAGGAGGAAGAAAGCGAUCAGCAAGACCAAGCUGGUGGCGAUGAACAUAUGGAUAUGGCCGAGGCACAGAAAGACGUUAAUCGCCGCAAGGGAAAUGACGAUGGGCUGCCGGAAAGUAAUAGGCGGACCGAACCAAUGGCCCAGGACUUUUCGACAGUAGUGGCAAAUUUAUUGAGCGCGCGGAAUGAUGCGUCGACGGAGAUACUCACCAAGACGCCUGCCACCGCCGCACGGGGAAUGUACGAUGGCUCUUAUAUAGCCAGCACGUCAGAGAAUAAGAAGUAUCCGGGACAGGUCAAGGCCGCGAUGGAAGACGAAGACGGAACGGGUUGCUGGCGUCAUGAGGAUGUGUACGAUGUGCACGAGUUCCGUGCUGGAGAAUGGGUCAAGGAAGGAAAACCUAACAACGAAGGAGGCCACGGCGAUCCACCGACCAAGAUCGACAAAGGGAAAGCCGUCGAUAGAGGCAAUAUGGUGGAAUCAUCGACACGCUUCAAUGACAAGUCCGCAAGCAACGAUUCGUCUUCAUCAUCUCGGUCUCACUAUUCACAGGUUGGGGCUGGGAUGGCCGUGCACGGACAGUUUCCCGACGCAUCGCCUGCCCACCAGAACGACGAUAGCACACCAUCGGAGACAUCCCCAGCUGCGCCGACCACGGAGCUGCCAGCGGAGAAUGACCGAGCCAGACUUGUAGCGAUGCUCCCUGCCACAACCGAGCCAGAAAUCGUGGAUAUGCUUCUCGAAAUGCUUAGAUCUACACCAGAAAACGGUGUACCAGCCACUGAGCCAAGUGUCCCUGACUCCGCUCACCUACCAAGUGUCCCUCCUCUUCCACCGAUGGAAAAAUCCCUUUCAUUAUUACCAACAUCCUCCGCUGCUGCCGAGACGAGAUGUACUAGAGAGUCUCCUGCCGUGCCGACCGUAACGCCGCCAGUGGACAUGCAUGUUAGGAGCGAAUUUCCAACCGUGCUUCCGACGACAACUCCCACAAAUUACAACGCAAAAGCAUCUAUGCCGCCCACAGAAGAACUGCAUCGGCAGCGAAGUAACGGUGAAGUCAGAAGGUGUGAACCCGGACCUGAAGAUCAAGGAAGAGUGCCCUUCUCCCCUCCAUUGCCUCCGGCAUGGCGUUUGUCACCUGGCUUCGACAAGUCUAGUCUUCGGAGAACAGCACCUAUCCCCAUGGCAACCGUAGACAGCCCUUGGAGGCGCUCUCGUGGAAUGAGGGUGGCAGGUGGCAUCCGCCUGGGGAAGCGCACACAGCCUGGAGACACUGAGGUCCCAGCGCCGCGUCAUUCCCCGCUUGUCAGGCUCGCGUACCUUGGUCCAGCUCCAAUAAGAACAACGGUAUCUCAAUUAUCGGUCGCGGACUCAAGUUCUUCGGAAGACGACGAUGACGCACAGACUGGCACCUACUCGAGUUCUGAUGUGGUAGGCUCGUCGGACGCUGAGCUGCACAUUCAGCCCGGCUCCAGUCCAACGGCUCCGGAGGAAUCAGCAAAUCGCCAUGGGCUCCGAGCAAUAGCAGGUAUCGCAGAUGUUGCUUUGAGAGGAGUACGGCGUGUAACUGGUUGGUGGGGGAGUUGA